AUGCAAUACCACCAUGCGGCCAUGGGGGUGAUCACUGCUGCCCUGUUUGGCUCUCUGGUCUGUGGCCUCCUCCUUGUCAUCGCUCUGGGCUGUGCCUUUAAACUCUACUCCCUCCGGACAAGAGAGUACAGAGCAUUUGAGACUCAGAUGACCCAUCUGGAGGCGGAGUUUGUUCAGAGAGAGGCUCCUCCCUCCUAUGGUCAGCUGAUCGCCCAGGGCCUCAUCCCUCCGGUGGAGGACUUCCCUGUGUACAACCCCACUCAGGCCUCCAUGCUCCAGAACAUCCGUACAGCGAUGCGUAGGCAGAUCAGAAGACACUCCUCCCGCCGGGCCACGUCACACCGCCGCCUGGGGCGCCUCUGGAACCGUCUGUUCCACCGAGGGACCCGUCUCCGCGGCCAGAUCCCCCUCCUCACACCCCCCGGGUCUCAGGUGGCUCUGGGCCUGCACUCCUACCACACCUCAGAGGGACCUGGAGCCAGGGUUGGGGAUGGAGGUGGCGUGGCGGGCAUGAGACCAGCAAGGACCCCCUCCUGCUGCUCUACGGCAGCAGUAGGCCUCGCCCUGCACGCCCACAACCAGGCCCUGCCACAGUCCCACCCUUCCUUGGAGUCUCCCUGCUCCCCAUUCUCCCCCUCUGACAGUGAACCAUCCGAGGGGUCUCCGUGUUCCCCGGAGAGCCAGGGUAGCAGGGUUAGGUUGCCCCUCAGUGAGCUCUCCACCCCUGGGCAGCAGAGUGACUCAUUAACGUCUGCCCCCAGCAUACUGAGCCGGCAGUGCCCCCCAGAGGGCAGCACAGGUCAUUACACCCGCCGGGCCUCCAGGAAGCUGGUCCUGGGACUGGCUGACAACCUGAGAGGGGUGGCCCUACGACGCUACUCCCCCAUGGGGCUCACCUCCCCCGUUACCCCCCCUGUCCUUCCCCCUCCAGACUCCCAGCCGCCCUGCCACCACCCCCUGACUUCCCCUCAGACGUCACCCCCCUCGGGGUCUUCAGACGACAGUCAGAGGUUUCAUGCCCUGGAAGUGCCAACCCAGGAGAGGAAGAGGAGGAGGAGGAAGAGGGGUAUAGGGGUGCCUAGUGGACUGAACACCAGCAGUAGUGAGGAGGAGGAGGAGGAGGAAGAGGAGGAGGAUGGAGAUGAGACUCUACUGAUCUGCUAGUAUGAAAGACCUGCCUUCACCGUGUGGUGACAGACAGGCAGGCAGGCAGGCAGGCAGGCAGGCAGGCAGGCAGAGAGACAGGCAGGCAGGCGGACGGGCAGGGCACAGACACAGACACAGACACAGACACAGACACAGACACAGACACAGACAGACAGUACUGCAGGUGGCUGUAGACUCUGUACUAGUGGUCCUGUCCAGUUAUUGGACUGUAGUCUGACAUAGCUGUAGACUCUGUCUCUCUGGCUGAAACACAGAGAGCUGGAGAAUAACUGAAUAAUGGGACAGUGGAUGAUCUCAGAGCAGCAUAAUGAUUUCAGUCCUCUCUCCAUCUGUUCGUCCCUCCAUCUCUGCCUUACCAGAGAUCUACAGCUGAGGGCAGUACAUCAGCCUGUCUACUGACUCUGACUCACUCACACUGACUCAAUCACACUGACUCAAUCACACUGACUCAAUCACUCUGACUCAAUCACUCUGACUCAAUCACUCUGACUCAAUCACACUGACUCAAUCACACUGACUCAAGCACACUGACUCAAUCACACUGACUCAAUCACACUGACUCAAUCACUCUGACUCAAUCACACAGCUGGAUCACUUGAAGUAACGAAGAAGAUGUAACACAGGAAGAGGAAGAGGAUGUAACACAGGAAGAGGAUGUAACACAGGAAGAGGAAGAGGAUGUAACACAGGAAGAGGAAGAGGAUGUAACACAGGAAGAGGAAGAGGAUUAACACAGGAAGAGGAUGUAACACAGGAAGAGGAAGAGGAUGUAACACAGGAAGAGAAUGUUUUGAGGAAGUUGUGAAGUGGAGUGUUAUUGUGAAUGUGAUAUCUGACUGUUAUCAUAGAUGUUUAAGCAGUAGCCUAUCUUGGUACCCUCCCUAGACGAUGGUUAGAUCACAGGCAGUGGCCUAUCUUGGUACCCUCCCUAGACGAUGGUUAGAUCACAGGCAGUGGCCUAUCUUGGUACCCUCCCUAGACGAUGGUUAGAUCCAGGCAGUGGCCUAUCUUGGUACCCUCCCUAGACGAUGGUUAGAUCACAGGCAGUGGUCUAUCUUGGUACCCUCCCUAGACGAUGGUUAGAUCACAGGCAGUGGUCUAUCUUGGUACCCUCCCUAGACGAUGGUUGGACCACAGGCAGUGGCCUAUCUUGGUACCCUCCCUAGACGAUGGUUAGAUCACAGGCAGUGGAAAGGGGUGUCUACUCAGUCACAGUGGCUGAGUCACAAAUGGCAACCUAUUCCUUAUAUAGUGCACUACUUUUGGCCAGAGCCCUAUGGGGUAGGCUAUAGGGCAUGGUUAGGGAACAGAGCCCUAUGGGGUAGGCUAUAGGGCAUGGUUAUGGAACAGAGCCCUAUGGGGUAGGCUAUAGAGCAUGGUUAGGGAACAGAGCCCUAUGGGGUAGGCUAUAGGGCAUGGUUAGGGAACGGAGCUCUAUGGGGUAGGCUAUAGGGCAUGAUUAGGGAACAGAGCCCUAUGGGGUAGGUUAUAGGCUUCUUGGGGCUAUGUGGGACGCUAGCGUGCCACCCGUGGUGCACCCUAUCAACAGCAGGUGCAUUUCAAGAGCGGCAAAUUUGAAACCAAAUAAAUGUCAAAAUUCACAUUUUUCAAACAUACAACUA